AUGGCUUGUGGAUUGCAGAUAAAAGAUAAAGACAGUGGCUAUAACAAAAACCUGUUCUGCAUUCCUAAGCAUUAUGAAGAAGAUAUAGAAAGAGUCUUCAUUCCUCACGGACUAAUCCUGGACAGGACAGAACGUUUGGCUAGAGAUAUCAUGCAAGAUAUGGGAAACCACCACAUUGUUGCACUCUGUGUCCUUAAAGGAGGCUAUAAGUUCUUUGCUGACUUACUGGAUCACAUAAAAGCACUAAAUCAAAAUGGUGAUAAGUCUGUGCCUAUUACUGUGGAUUUUGUUAGAAUAAAAAGUUACUGUAACGAUUCACCCACAGAGAAAAUCAGUAUUGUUGGAGAACUGUCUGCAUUAAAUGGGAAGAAUGUGCUAGUAGUAGAGGAUAUUAUUGAGACUGGUAGAACAAUGAAGGCACUGCUUUCAAAACUGAAGGACAAUGAACCAAAGAUGAUAAAAGUAGUAAGCUUGCUCAUUAAACUGACAAACCGAAGUCCAGGUUACAGACCAGACUAUAUAGGUUUUGAAAUUCCAGAUAAGUUUGUGGUUGGAUAUGCCCUUGACUAUAAUGAGUACUUCAGAGAUCUGAAUCACAUUUGCAUUCUCAAAGAGAAAGCCAAAGAGAAAUACAAAAUCUGACAUCAUCAGUCUUCUGGACUAACAGCUCACCAGCCUGUACUGCGUGUGUGAAGAAGUGAUCUACUAGCCAUGCUCAUUUUACUGAAGCACUACUCUGAGGAAUGAAUGCAUUUCUAAAGACAAACUUCUGCAUGUUUUUUUUUUUUCCUAUAAUUUUGUGAUUAAGGAUGAAUGACACCUUUCAGGUGUUUCAAUGGAAUGAGAACAUAACAGUGGUCAUAAACUUGAUAUCAGAACAAAAUGGAUACAGAAAGGCUGUGCAUGUAAAUAUGUCUGAGUUUUUAUUUACUGUAAGAAAUAACACGGGUAUUGUACAUAAGCUA